CACAAACUCAGACCAGCGCAACACUCAGGGGCCACUUCAUGGGCCUCGGUGGGAAUAAAACCCAACUCCAGCGGCACGGGCCCUUUCGUUUCUUUGGAUAUAUUUUUGUUUAUUUAUUUGUUUGACCAUGACGUCCAGGAGGCCCAUGACUCGGUCUUAUUCCGGCAAUGGAAGAACAAGCAGCUUCAGCGAAGAAGAGGGCAGCUCUUCAAACGGCCGCAACACCUACCUGUCCAACGUGCGGCCGGAAAACAGCCAUUCCAGAUAUUCUCACUACAGACCAACGAGGAGCACCUUAUGCAGCGUCAUGGCUCAGCUGACCGAAGACGUCCAGCCCUCGUUUGAAACCACGCUCAAGUCCAAGGCCGUGUCUGAGAACUGUAACGUGAAGUUCACCUGUGUGGUGUCAGGAUACCCCGCUCCUGAGCUCAAGUGGUACAAAGACGACAUGGAGAUGGAUCGUUACUGUGGUCUGCCAAAGUACGAGAUACGGCGGAAUGGGAAAACUCACACUCUGCACAUUUACAACUGCACACUGGACGACGCCGCCAUUUACCAGGUCUCUGCGAGCAACAGCAAAGGCAUCGUGUCCUGCUCCGGCGUCCUGGAGGUCGGCACGAUGAGCGAGUACCAGAUCCAUCAGAGAUUCUUCGCCAAACUGAAGGCGAAAGCCGAGAAGAAGAGACAGGAACUGGAGGUGUCGACCAAGAAAGACACCGCGGAAAAAGAACCGAAUCCAACAGAGGCGCCACAGAAAAGCCCAACAUCGAGGAAACGAGUCAUUCCAGAAACGACGCAGACCCCGGAGGAACCACUAGUUGGCGCAGUAGAUACGAACCACCAAGUCCAAGAUCCGACCUCACCUGUGGCUCCUGAGGCGAAGAACGACGGCGAGCACACUGUGGGCAAAAAGAAAAUCAAAAUCUCCAACGGCAUGAACGCGCAGACCGACCAGCCGAGCACGCCGAAGAGCGCCAACGUCCGAAGCAACGCCUUGGCCGCCGCGGGGGAUAACCACUACGACGGCGGGAUGGGGUUGGCGCAGUUUCUGGCCGAGACGCUUCAAUCCCAGACGGCGGAGGAGAAGCAGGUCCCAAACAAAGAAGAAACAGCUAAAGGUUUAGAAAGUACGAAAGAGACGACACAGGAGGAGGACGGAAAACAGACGGCAGAAGAAGAGAUGGAACAAGAGCCAACGCCGCCGCCGCCGCCGCAGGUACAAGGAAAACCAGAUCAAGAGAUGAAAGAGGAAAGUAGAGAAAAAUCCCACCCAACACCUCCAAUCCGACAUAAAGACAAGAGGGAGCACAAGGAGCACAAGGAGCACAAGGAGCACAAGGAGCACAAGGAGCACAAGGAGCACAAGGAGCACAAGGAGCACAAGGAGCACAAGGAUCACCACAUCCCGGCGUCCAUCUCCUCAAUGCUCCACUCCGUCAAGGACUUUUUCUUUGGGAAGAACAAGAAAGAUUCCCAUGACAACAAACCCAAAGAUAUUCCAGACUCCAGCGUUCCAGAGCAAACGCCGCCGUCUUACUAUCUCAAACCCGAAAGCCCGUCUGAAAUCAGGGCUAAACACGACCACGGAAUGUCUCUGGAGGUCGCACAGCUGCAGGGAGCUACAGCGGAAAGGUCACAGGUCACGGAAUGGCCGGGCGAUUCGCGCGCGGCAGAGAUUAUGAAAGAGAGUCCGGCGGGGGUCGGCGGUGCUGCUCCUGACCAGGCCAUGGAGGUGACUGCGGAGGAGGACACGACAUUGUCCAGUCCACAGCUUCUCCCUGAGACGGUGGAGAAAGACGCUCAGCUACAUAACAGUUGGGACAUUAAGUCAGAAGGCAGCUUGAAUGUUCUAGAGCUACCGCCACAAGUCUCCAUCACUCCUCCCCAACAUCCCACAGUGGAGUCCCAGUCUGACGUGGACCCUGCCUGCCCUCCACCCUUUCAACACCAUCUCACUCAAAGCCCAAGUGACAACAUGGCGGAAAGUUCACCCCAACCCAAAGACACAAGAGCUCACGAUCCCGCCUCCAACACUGACUUAGCAACACGGGUUUUUGCCUCUGCGUCGGAGGAGGAUGAAACAUCACCACGUCAGUCGAAACAGGCUCUUGUAGCUCCUGACAGACAAGCCAAACAAACUCUAGAAGAAGAGGGUGUGUACAGGUCUGACUUUGAGGAAAAGAAUGUGGAAGUUCCCUCUCUAGUGAGUGAACAAAGCACACACUGUCUGACAGUAAUCAGCCAAGAAUCCAGUGAGCGCAGCUUAUCUGAAAGUGCAAACAGUGAGACUCAAAUUCCAAUCGAAAACAUCCCUCUUAUCCAAAUAUCAACCAUAGAAGACACGCAGGAUGAGGAGGCAGUCCCACAAAUGGACGCCGUGUGCCCUGGGGUCAUUCAAGAUGAUAGCGAGUCUUUACCGGUGACAGAGCAGCUAAUGACGGACUUUGAGCGUGAUGCUAAAGCACUUCCUGAAAUUCAAAUAUGUUCCAUAGAAGAUAUUCCGGAAAUCCAGGUAAUUGUCCCGGUCAUACGUGUGGAAGACGAGAUUCUCAGUCCAACAAUAGAAGUAACACAGCCAGAUGUGAAAGAGGGGCCCACACCGAUCGCUCAGGUGCUACAAGAAAAUGAGUCUAUUUCAUACAAGGAGUUUGACAAUUGGCCAAAUAUUAUCAUCCAAAACGAUUAUGUGUCAGAUUUCUGUAUGGAGAUCGACUCGGGGGGAGCAGCGGGAAUGUCCCAAGAAGAUGAGGUUCCCCAGGUCCAUUAUCCUAUCCCGAUCAUAAAUGUGUCGUGUACAGAGGAGGCGCUUGAACCGGCCCCUGGUAUAAGCCCACCUCCUGGUACUGCGGCGCUGCCCGAGUUUGUGGCCCCGCCCAUCGUCAAAACAGCAGAGCGCAGAGACAAAAUGGAGGAGGAAGAAAUAACUGCACAGAAAGAAAUUACUGAACCCACAGAAAAGACAGAACCCACAGAGACCUUUGGAGCUGAGCACAGAGACACAGUGACUCACAAAGAAACAGCAGAGCUCAGAGAAACGGCAGUGACUGAACUAAUGUCUGAAAUGUACAAGGAGACAUUAGAAACAACAGAAACCUCUGAACAAACAGAGACAUUAGAGACCAAAGCGACAACUGAACAAAGAGAGGCCGAGGAAGCGGCUCCAGCUGCGUCUGAGCACACGGAGCCUGGAGCCACCUCACAGGAUGAACCGAAACCCAACAGUGAAGCACAGGCUCAGGGCGAACUGACAGAGAACAAGCUGACAGCAGCCUAUGAAACCCCAAAGACUGAAGUUAACGUGCUGUCGCUAAGUAAAACAGUGGAGGCCAGCAUAGAGAGCGAGAUCACCCAGUCUCUGAAGGAGGCGCGUAUCGAGAGCUUUAUGUCUGUGGAGAGGCUGAGCUUUAAACCCCCGCUCUACCCCUCUCUGAGCCCGGCCAGUCUGAGGAAGUUCAUGUCCAAAGCCUCAGGUGAGGCAGACUCUGCAGCAGACCGUCAGAGUGACAAAGCUGAGGACUCUCUGAGCGGAGGCUCCACCCCAACGUCCUCGCUGUCCUGCGAGAGCAGCCCCCGCCUCAAACGCCGCGACAGCCUCUCGCUCAUCCGCUCUGCCACCCCCGAGGAGCUGGCCUCCGGGGCCAGGCGCAAGAUCUUCAUCCCCAAAACCAAAGAGGACAGUGAGGACAGUAGCAGUAAGAAGGACAGCCCCUACAUGUCCCCCGGUCAAGCCCGCCGCACGUCCUUUCUGCAGCCGCCCAGCGGGUCCAACACCCCCCCGGUGGAGAGGCGCUCCCCCCUGCUCAACCGCAGGAAGGCCACUCUGGAGGUGCCCAAAGUGGUGGAAGAAAUACCUGUACCUGAAGAAGUCAGCACCAAACAAGACGAUAAGUCAGGAGACAAGAAACCAGACCCACUCAAAGCUCCUCAGGUGAUCCGAAAGAUCCGUGGUGAGCCGUUCCCUGAUGCCUCUGGACACCUCAAACUCUGGUGUCAGUUCUUCAAUGUUCUGAGUGACUCGACCAUCAAGUGGUUCAAGGAGGAGCAGGAGAUCCUGGAGGUGCAGAGGAGUGGAGGAGAUGAGACUCAGGUGGCGCUGGCGAUCGUUCUCGCCUCCAUCCUGGACUGUGGCGUUUACGGCUGCACCAUAACGAACGAGUACGGCAGCGACACGACGGACUUCCUGCUGAGUGAAGACGUCAUGGCUGAGAUUCUGCUCAAAGACGACCUGGAAGUGGGGGAGGAGAUCGAGAUGACUCCUCUGCUGUUCAGUCGGGGCCUGGCGGACUCGGGCAGCUGGGGGGGGAAGUUCUUCGGUCGGAUCAUGACUGAGACGGUGCAUCUGGGAGAGGGCUGGACGCACAAAACCAGCAGAGUGAAGGUCAUCUAUGGACUGGAGCCCGUCUUUGAGUCUGGGACGUCCUGCAUCAUGAAGGUCCAGAACCCCAUCCCCUACGGGACCAAGAUGGAGAGCAACUUGGCCGAGAGGAACCAGGAGAUCACCAAACAAGAGUGUAAAGUUCAGAACAUGAUUCGUGAAUACUGCAAAAUCUUCACCGCUGAGGCUCGUGUCAACGAGAACUUUGGCUCUGCUCUCGAAGUGGUCCCUCAGUAUCUGAUGUACCGUCCGGCGAACUCCGUGCCGUACGCCACGGUGGAGGCGGAGCUACAGGGGCCCUUCCAGACCUACUGCUGGGCGGACGCCGGGGGCAAACUGAACUCGAAGGCGAUCUCUGAGGUGGAGCAGAAGUGCUGCACGUUCCAACACUGGCUCCAUGAGUGGACCCACGGCAACCUCCUGCCCACACGGCUCGCAGGUGUCGAUUUUAAACUCACCAACAUCAGAGUUGUGACCAAGUCCAAAGGAUACCAGGGUCUGUCCGAGCGCGGCUCUCCUCAAGUGUUUGACCAGUUCCUCACUCACCAUCAGUGUAACUACUACUGCGGCCUGCUGGGACUGCGGCCCCUCAAACCCAUGGACAGUCUUCAGCCGCCCACUAAGACGAAGGGGUCCAGGAGCCCGCUGCUCAACCGCAAGAUGAGCGUCGGGUCUGGAAGUCCACAUCUACCGAAGAAGGGCUCGGUCAGUCCACACUCUCAGAGAAGAGCCGGAACGAGCCCCAAAGCUCCAAGAAAGAGCCAGGAGCCAGAGGACAGUAACUCGACUAAAGCCAAGGCUGUAGACGGCAGGUAGGAGACGCAGGCUGCACCUUUUAGAGUCAACUAUUUAUUUUAUAGAUCUAGUGAUGAUGAUGAGCACAAGGAUG